UUCCCUUCAUUACAGUAUUUCUGAACAAGUUCCUGGAUAAUAAGCCUAAGGGUUUUCUUAUUGAUGAUAGUGACGAUAUUGAUGAUAGUGACGAUAUUGAUGAUAGUAACGAUAUUGAUGUGAGUGACGAUGUGAGUGACGAUAUCGACCGUGACUUUGAUACGGAGCUGGAGUUUCUAACUAGGAUGAAUGCGCUAACUAUGGAUAUGAUGCCGGAAAUAGACCGAUUUUAUAUCACCCUUCAAUUCGAAUUAGCAAAAGCAAUGUCUCCUUGCAUAAUAUGGAUUCCAAACAUUCAUGAUCUGGAUGUGAAUGAGUCGAAUUACUUAUCCCUCGGUCUAUUAGUGAACUAUCUCUCCAGGGAUUGUGAAAGAUGUUCCACUAGAAAUAUUCUUGUUAUUGCUUCGACUCAUAUUCCCCAAAAAGUGGAUCCCGCUCUAAUAGCUCCGAAUAAAUUAAAUACAUGCAUUAAGAUACGAAGGCUUCUUAUUCCACAACAACGAAAGCACUUUUUGACUCUUUCAUAUACUAGGGGAUUUUACUUGGAAAAGAAAAUGUUCCAUACUAAUGGAUUCGGGUCCAUAACCAUGGGUUCCAAUGUACGAGAUCUUGUAGCACUUACCAAUGAGGCCCUAUCAAUUAGUAUUACACAGAAGAAAUCCAUUAUAGACACUAAUAUAAUUCGAUCUGCUCUUCAUAGACAAACUUGGGAUUUGCGAUCCCAGGUAAGAUCGGUUCAGGAUCAUGGGAUCCUUUUCUAUCAGAUAGGACGGGCUGUUGCACAAAAUGUAUUUCUAAGUAAUUGCCCCAUAGAUCCUAUAUCUAUCUAUAUGAAGAAGAAAUCCUGUAACGAAGGGGAUUCUUAUUUGUACAAAUGGUACUUCGAACUUGGAGCGAGCAUGAAGAAAUUAACGAUACUUCUUUAUCUUUUGAGUUGUUCUGCCGGAUCGGUUGCUCAAGACCUUUGGUCUCUACCCGGACCCGAUGAAAAAAAUGGGAUCACUUAUUAUGGACUUGUUGAGAAUGAUUCUGAUCUAGUUCAUGGCCUAUUAGAAGUAGAAAGCGCUCUGGUGGGAUCCUCACGGACAGAAAAAGAUUGCAGUCAGUUUGAUAAUGAUCGAGUGACAUUGCUUCUUCGGCCCGAACCAAGAAGUCCCUUAGAUAUGAUGCAAAAUGGAUCUUGUUCUAUCCUUGAUCAGAGAUUUCUCUAUGAAAAAUACGAAUCGGAGUUUGAAGAAGGGGAAGGAGAAGAAGUCCUCGACCCGCAACAGAUAGAGGAGGAUUUAUUCAAUCACAUAGUUUGGGCUCCUAGAAUAUGGCGCCCUUGGGGCUUUCUAUUUGAUUGUAUCGAAAGGCCCAAUGAAUUGGGAUUUCCCUAUUGGGCCAGGGCAUUUCGGGGCAAGCGGAUCAUUUAUAAUGAAGAGGAUGAGCUUCAAGAGAAUGAUUCGGAGUUCUUGCAGAGUGGAGCCAUGCAGUACCAGAUACGAGAUAGAUCUUCCAAAGAACAAGGCUUUUUUCGAAUAAGCCAAUUCAUUUGGGACCCUGCAGACCCACUCUUUUCCUUCUACUUCGUACCUCUCCUGAGUCUCUCUUGCUCAGCGGAUUCGUAUACCAUUGCUUUAUUCCUUAUAGUCAUAACCAGCACCACCUUUCGCGGUGGAAAUCUCACAAAACAAGUAGGAAUAGCCCUCGAUGAAGGUAGAUUCAAGACAGACAGAAAUGAGUUCAUCGAUCUAGACUUUCAAAGCCCUCCGGUUUUGGAGACACUACCUCAUACAUGCCGAAUUCCUCCUGAGGACUUUCUUGAUUGGCUAAGUAGCGUAGAGAAGUUCUUUGAUUGGAAAGAACUAUCCGAGGUUUGCGAAGAUGAAAUUCCUGAGCACUGGUCAUGCCUUAAUUUGGUGGGAUCAGAUCAAGUCCAAGUGAGCGGAAAGAUAGAGGGGAGAGAAGCGUACAAGAAAGCCCCUACUCCUAACAGUUGCGGAGUUCUACCAAUUGUUUAUUCGCAAUGGCUUGAACGAAUCCGACGAAGAAUCCCUUGCUUGAUAGGGCUUGAGGCUCCUUCGGGCCAUGGCCAUAAGUAUUAUAGUUGGCAAGGCUUGGAAGCAAGCUACCAGCGCCUAUCGGCGAGAACUAGGCUUGGCUUGGAAUGCCUACUACUAAGUGAAGACCUUCUACUUCAUUUAAUAAGGGAAGGAGGGAGGUCCGCUUUGCUUAGGGAGCUUUAUAAGGCCGACCCCUACAUAAGCUGCUGGCGGAGAAAGCUCGAAGAGCUUACGGGUGAGCUUACGCUUACUCUCAGCCUCUUUGAUUGGUCGGGCCGGGGCUCUGCGCUCUUUCUUUCUGUGUGGGACGAUGCCGGGGAGAGAAAGGAAUGCGUCGAGGCGGCUAACAACAACAAGACAACUACAUUUUUUCUUUUCCCUCCAUAA